CAUUUUGUCGUGCGUGUACUACAUAUCCCAGAGUUCUUAUCGCCAACGCCGUUCCAGUAUUCGAAACUGCCAACUAUCGCUGUCUCCUGCUGUCUUAUUAAUCAUAAUAGUUGAACCUUUCUGGGCAAAAUGGCGGAUCGAAAGCCGUGUAAGGUGUGCAACUUUACACGCCAGAAGUCAUACGGCUUGGUUGUUCCGUCGCUUGAGGAGUUGAAGGUAAAAGGAAGUGCGUUUCUUGGUCUCACCCCACAUGACCCCGUCACAGUGGUCUUAGAAGACGAUGGGACAAUAGUUGAGGACGAGGCGUAUUUUUGGUGUUUACCCUUAAACACAAAGUUCAUGCUGCUGCAUGACAAGGAGACAUGGUCACCACUUCGCAGGGUUGAUGGCGGCACAGCAUGGAUGGCGAGGGAUUCCAUGAUGCUUGAGAGCGACGUUGUGGACACAGCUUGUGUCGUCGCACCUUGGUGGGGCUUGGCCUUACAGCUGAAACAGGACCUGACAAGCGUCAUUCUUAUGUCUGAGGAAGACUUACAGAGCUUAGUGGAUGUCCCCUGCCCUGAGCUAGCUUCUGCUCUCGGCUUCCAAGAAAAGAAGACGGAGAACCUUCAAGAAACACUGCAGAGGGUUUUGGAUCGGCGUGAGGAGGAGAGGCAAUCGAAAGAGUUGCUCCAGCUCUUCCUCAAAGCAGUAGAGAAAGAAGACGUACAGUCACACCAGGAGACCAGGCGACCUAGCGAGGGAGCAAUGAAUAUAGGUUUGGAUGCACCUGAUGGAAUGGAGGUGGAUCAAGCAUCUGGAUUCAUUUCCAGGACUUUGAUGGUCCUGAAAGGUAAAACAAGCCCAGAGACCAGACUCUCCACUGAAGAUCUGCAGAUGGUGGUGGCCAAAGGGGUCGAAGCUAUGCAGCAGGUCCUACACUGGGACCAAGUCAAGACAUCGGCGCUGCUUCAAGACUGCGAGUCCGAGCUAAAGCAACGUCUUCACCAGAUUCAGGCUGCUCAGUCUAUGAAGGGCAACACGCCGCUGUGUGACAACAGCCAGCCAUCUAAUGAAAAGAACAGCGAGGAGAACUAAGGAACACGCCGACUCAAAGGGGGAAUUAGUCUGUUACCAUAUCUGAGCACAGACUCAUAAGCGACUACACUGACCGCUUCAGGGCCACCAAAAUGAUUUUUUUUACUGGGUUACAGAUACUAUUCCUUACUGCAGGAGCUCAUGUAAAUGUAAACAAUGUUGAUGUUUGUAGCAUUUGGCACAACUUUCAAACCACUUUAAAAGCUUUUGUCUCGAGCUGAAGUGGAGGGCUUUGCACAAAUCGUGUCUUUAUCAAACAACUGACAAUAUUUCUUAUUUGGAUGAUAGCAGGCUACAUUACGUGCAUCUGUGUGAAAUCCAAUGUGUAACAGUUGUUGUCUGCUGACUUGUGAGAGAGUAUAUUUUUCUUCACCGUUGAUCCACUUUAUUACCUAGGUACAGUUGACUUGUCCUUACAAAUGUGAAGAAAUCCAGCUCGGAGCCCCAGAAUCAGAUGUUUCAGUUCUGUUUUUCUUGAUCAAGACCAGUCAUUGUUAAAUACUGAGAGUAUUUUCAUGGAAUAUUAUGAUAACUCACUGUUUUCCCAUUCAUCCCUAUAGAGUGCCAUUACAGUCAGCCUUUCUUUUUCUAUAUUCACUAGAGUCACAAGUGAGCUGCAGCCUAUUCGAGCUGACUUUAGGCAAGAGGUGGUGUACACCUUGAACAGGUGACCAAACAGUAACUGGACACAUAAACCAUUUACAUGCCCAUUUUUCCACAGACAAUUUAGUUUCUUCAAUUUUUUUAUUGUGUCUUCAGUUUACCUAUAGUAUAAUGGGAAUUUUUGGAUUGUGGGUGAAAGAUGGGGUGCCACGGAAGCACUGUGAGAAUAUGUAAAUGCCAUACAGAAGCGCCUGAGGAGCCAAGAUUCAAACUCAGAACUUUGACUUUAAGACAGACGUGUAACACUGUACUGGGUGAUUCCGAUCCACUUCAGUGUACAAAUUUGUGGUUUUGUAGUAAUCAGAGCUUGGGCAGGUGUGAUCGCUUCUGUGUUCCUGUUUUUAUUUCCAAGUAAUGACGUUUUCUUGUCACUCAUAUUUUACAUGGGUUUCUGUGCUCUCUGUGAGCAACAGUAUUUCUAAAAUAUAUAGUAUGUAAAUAUUGAUUAUAUACAGUAGGGUUCAAAAUAAUAGCAGUCCAAUGUGACUAACAUGAUUAAGUCACGUUUUCUGUUUGCUACACGUCAAGUUACCAAUAGGUACAGUAGAUUCUCAGAAACCAACAAGACUCAGCAUUCAUGAUACAGUAUGCGUACUGUUAAGACUCUGCAAGUGGGCAAUUUGUUGAAAGGGGUGUGGUGGGAAAAAAAAUACCAGUCUGGCAUUCAAUAAGUGAGGUAAUCAGUUUUGUGAAAAAUAGGUGGCCCCUAUUUAAGGAUGAAGCCAGCACCUGUUGAACAUGCAUUUCUCCUUGAAAGUCUGAGUAAAUGGGUCGGUCAACACACUGUUCAGAAGAACAGCGCACUUUGAUUAAACGUUUGACUGGAGAUGGCAAACCUGAUAAAGAGGCGCAAAACAUCAUAGGUUGUUUAGAUAAAAUGCUCUCUAUUGCCUUAAAAGGGAGAGCAAAACCAGAGACGCAUGGCUCAAAAUGGAUGGCAGAAUGGCAAAUCCUUAGCCAAUGAUCAGAUCCAGGAUGAUCAAAGACAAUGUGGAGUUACCUGUAAGUACUGUGACAGUGAGGAGACGUCGGUGUGAAGCUAAUCUAAUUACAACAAUCCCCUGCCAAGUCUCUUGGUUAAAAAGAAGGCAUGUGCAGAAGAGGCUAAGAUGUGCCAAAGAACACAUAAACUGUCCUAAAGAGAAAUGGAACAUUUUUUAGACUGAGAGUAAAAUUGUUCUUUUUUGGUUCCAUGAGCCACAGACAAUUUGUGAGACGACCUGCAAACGCUGAAUUCAAGCAUGUGAAGCAUGGUGGUGGCAAGCACCAUGGUAUGGGCAACUUCCUCCUACUGUUGUGUUGGGCCUAUUUAUUGCAUACCAGGGAUCAUGGAUCGGUUUGCAUAUGUCAAAAUACGUUCUUGUUGGUUUUCUGACAAUCUACUACACCUACUGGUAACUUGUUUGAUGUGUAGCAAUAAAAAAAUAUGUACUGAAAACUUGGAUUAAUAUGGUUCGUUACCAUGGACUGCUAUUAUUUUGAACACAACUGUAUUUGUAUAAAGCUUGACCUUGCUGGAGAUAGUGUUAUAGUUGAGUGCACUGACUAAUUUAUCAUUUUCUUAAUAAAGAGUUGGACAAGAUAAGAUGUUAAUUUCUUAUGUCCAAGCUUCAUUGC